AUGGAGACUUGGUGUCUAUUCCACCCUGCAGUUACUCAGGUUUAGUGACUAUAUCUUAGAGAUCAUUUCCACGAUUACACAGAGAUACGACUUUCACGGAUAUUGCGCACAAAAUUGACUGCUGUCAUCCAAUCACAACUCGUUCACCCCACUUCUGAUACUACCCCUCUGCCAACGGAGCUUGGAGAGGCCUAAAUAAACACGAAUAGCUUGCCAACCAACUCGCCAUGGUGCUUGAUUACAGUAAAUGGGAUGCGUUGGAGCUGUCCGACGAUUCGGACAUUGAAGUCCACCCCAAUGUGGACAAACGCUCAUUCAUCCGCGCAAAGCAGAACCAAAUUCAUCAACAGCGAAUGCAGCGGCGCCACGAAAUUGAAACGCUGAAGUAUGAACGAAUCAUCAACGAUGGUCUUCUCGAACGAAUUGACAAACUUCUUGGGGCACUUCGUGAGCAUGAGGACUCGAGUCGGAAUCCAGAAGAGCUGGUUUUCCAGUCACUGAUCGAGUCUGCUGGUGACCCUGCUAAGGAUCAGCCUCCCGCACCACCCGCUGGUGUCUACACUCACGAGAAGGAGCAGCCCAAGUACUCGCAGAUGAUGAGCUCGCUCGUUGAUCAGGUGAAAAAGGAAGUUACAGAGUCCAAAGCAGAGAACACGUUUCGGGCGUAUAUUACGGGAGUUCAAGGACACAAAGACAAAGUUCUAGGCCUUCAGCAGGAAUUGCUCAAGAAACUGGCGGAGCUUGAAAAGGAAGAAAAAAGCAAGAUUACUAGCGACAGUAUACACACGGGAUUCGAUAGCUCAUACAUUGCCAAAUCAGACUCAAAGGCAAAAGGAAAAACCCCUGCUACCGAAACGAAAGUCGAGCUUCUCAACUCACCCUCAAUUGGCAAAGUAGACGGGACACUGUCAUCAGGUGCAGAAUCUGAUGCAGAGGAUGACGAUGACGAAGAAGCAGACAUCAAAGUCAGUGAUUUGGCUAAGAAAUUUGCCAAGAUACCCAUGACGGAUUACAAGGCAAUGCUUCAGUUCAUUUCGGCGAAUCCUGAGAUCGUCGCGGAGCGCGAGACGGAUGGUUUGUUGGUUGAAGCUUUCAAUAAUCAAAUGGAGGGGAAGUCGGACUAUGCACGUAUAUGUGUACACCACGGUCUAUUAUUGCAGUAUUGCCGUUCAUUAGGCCGGGAUGGUAUUUCUCUUUUCUUCAAGAGGAUCACUACAAAAGAUCACCAAGCCGCCACACUGUUUAGAAACGACGUAAACGAGACUUACAACAAGAUCAAAACCCGUGCUGCGGAAUUGGCCAAAAACAAAAGCCCCGAAAACGAUCCUGCUGGCGUCGAACAGAUCCAACUACAUGCAGUCGACCCUAACACUCAGAUAAACAUUAGCAUCCCUCCAGCCGACAGCUCCAAUCCGGAAGAAAUCGAAGCCCGCAAGAUUUUCGAGUCAUUCCCUCCGAAUCUACAGCGAGCCCUGGAGUCAGCAUCCCUGGAUGAAGUCAACAGGGUUCUUGGUAAGAUGAGUGUUGAGGAAGCCGAGGAAAUUGUUGAGAAGCUAGGUCAUGGCGGCAUGUUAAGUCUUGAAGAGGGGAUUGUAGAUGCAACUACGGAAGAAGGUAGGAAGAAGCUUGAGGAGAUUGAGGCUGAGGGAAAGAAGGAGAGGAAGCAAGAGGUUGAGGAGAUGGGUGAGCCGGUUGAGGAUCAGCUAGACUAGACAGGUUGGCUGUGGAGGUGAUGCUCUAGGACUAUCUUGUUGGUUCAUAUUCAUGCUUCGGGUUGCAUAUUCUACUUAGUUCUAUGUAUUUAUUAAUCCUUGUCAUGGAAUGAGUCUACAAGUUUUGUCU